AUGUCCUCCAAACAAGUGCCAGAACCAUCAGCUCUUUACAAGUUUCUCGAUUCAAAAAGCUGGAAGUUUUAUGUGGCGGCAGUCGCUGGCAUCACACUUGCUGGAACAGGAGCUUUUCUCCUUUCAAAUCAGCAGCAUUCAGGCAUGAAGCAACGGUAUCAAGAUGAGCUGGUACCGGAUCUAACAGAUGAUAUGUAUGAAGCCAUGUCCGAGAAUGUCAUUGGAUUGCUGAGCGCUCAGCAACGUCUAACAGCAGCUACAUCCUUAAAAACCAGAGGCAAUCAAGCAUUCGCCGAGAAAAGAUACCCACAAGCCAUUCAACUGUACACCCAGGCGAUCCUCUUUGUAGCAGAUCCGGCUUUUUAUUCCAACCGAGCAGCUUGUUAUGCAAAUUUAGGCCAAGUUGAUCGGGUGAUAGCAGAUUGCAGUGAAGCGUUGCGGUUGAAUCCUACCUACAUUAAAGCAUUACAAAGAAGAGCAUUAGCGUACGAGCGUUUGGGUGAUGCUGAAAAUGCAUUGUUUGAUUUCACCAGCCUCUCGAUUCUUGAGGGCUUUACGAAUAAAUUUGCUCUGGAGCACACACACAAGCUUCUCAAGGCUAUCUCGGAAGAAAAAGCAAGCAACAUCAUCAAGACAAGAGCUUUUAGACUACCUUCUCCUGUAUAUAUAAACGCCUAUUUCGAUUCAUUCCGUCCAGAUAUACGCUGUAAUGAUCUACCCUAUACGGUGGAUGAAGACAGUGGUAAUGCAUAUUAUGUCAAAGCCAGGUCUGCAUUGGCCCAGAAAAAGUACUAUGAUGCGCUGGACUACAUCAAAUUGGCCGUUGAUUUAAAAUGCUCAAAUCAGGCAGCAGCACUCAACCUCAAAGGCACCCUGAUCUUCCUGGAGGGUCAAUCCGACGAAGCGCUGGAUGCAUUCAACAAGGCUCUUGAACUGGAUCCAAACUACAUUCAAGUCUAUAUCAAGAAAUCCAACGUCUACAUGGAAAAAGGCGAUUUGACAUUGGCAUUAUCGCAAAUGAAAAUUGCCAGCAAUUUAAGCCCAUUGGACCCUGACAUCUUCUAUCACUUGGGCCAAAUACAUUACAUCAGUGGACAUUACGGCCUAGCAUUGAAAGAUUACAUGGAGAGCAGUCGCUUGGAUCCAACAUUUGUGUAUGCGCAUAUUCAACUGGCCGUAGUCGAGCACAAAUUAGGCAACCAUUCAACAGCCGUGGACUUGUUUCAAAAGAUUUCAACACAGUUUCCUACGCACGCCGAAGUUUUCAAUUACUACGGAGAGGUUUUAAUCGAUCAAGGUAAUAUUCAAGGCGCCAUUGACAUGUUUAAUAAGGCCAUGGCACUGGAUCCAAGCCAUCCACUGCCGUUUAUCAACAAAGCCAUGAUUUUAUAUCAACAUUUGGACAAAUCAGAUGAGGCCAUUCAAUUAUGCAAAAGUGCGCUUGAUGCGGAUCCUGCUUGCGAUGCUGCAGUGGCUUCUUUGGCUCAAAUGCUGAUUGAACAAGACCGACCUUCCGAAGCAUUAGUGUACUACGAAAGGGCAAUCCCUCUUGCCAGAACGCAGCCUGAGCUAGAGCAUGCCAUUAGCUACGUGGAAGCGACUAAAGCACAAAUCAGAUUUGCAAAGGAAUAUCCAAAUGCAGCAGCUAAACUAAGGACAUUAAAGUAG